GGUGACAUUUCAGCACUGGAACAAACAGGAAAAGGAGUGGUCAUGUGACGUAGGGAUUGUUUUUCAAAAUAGCUUAGCUAGCUGCAUAGCUAGCUGAAGUAUCUUAUAUACUACGUUAUUAUCAUUCAGUUUUAUAACGCAGCAUAAUUUAAAUAAAUGUGAAUAUUAAACUUCUAGCAUAGUCAUGAAUGGGAGUACAAAUCCGCUCUUGGACAAAGAAGAACAUGUUUUAAAGCUCGGAGAGAGCUUUGAGAAGAGGCCAAAAUCAUCAUUUCACACCAUCAGAUAUGAUUUCAAACCAGCUUCAAUUGACACAAGCUGCGAGGGAGAGUUGCAAGUCGGUAAAGGAGAGGAAGUCACCAUCACAUUACCUCACAUUCCAGUAAGAGGAUCUACACCACCCAUGACAGUAUUCAAAGGGAAUAAGCGGCCAUAUCAGAAAGACUGUGUUCUUAUCAUCAAUCAUGACACUGGGGAGUACAUGCUGGAGAAGUUGAGCAGCAGUAUCCAGGUCAAGAAAACCAGAGCGGAGGGCAGCAGUAAGAUCCAGGCCAGGAUUGAGCAACAGUCAGUGCGUGCCACUGCCACCCAGCCUCAAGCACAGUUCCGUGCCCCCACUAAGCCUGGUGCAGGGGCCAAGACCUCCCCCUCCCCUUCCAAGGACAACCCCUCCCCUGAGCCCCAGCUAGAUGACAUCAAGAGAGAGCUGCGAGCGGAGGUGGAUGUUAUUGAACAAAUGAGCAGCAGUAGCGGCAGCAGCUCAUCUGACUCUGCCAGUGGCUCUGGUAGUGGGGACGACAGCUCCAGCAGUGAUAGGGAGCAUGACGCCCCUCAUCCUCAACCUGUCCAACUCCCUCUCCCCCACAUCCAGCCCUCCCCCAACCCCAUGGUCAAUGGAGGAGCAGACAGGCAACAGGGCAGCAACCAGCUGAUGAACACGCUCAGGAAUGACCUCCAGUUGAGCGAGUCAGGCAGCGACAGUGAUGAUGACUGAACUGCCCCCAGUCUCUCUCCUGCCCUCUCUUUCUACCUCUCAUUAUUAUACCAUCUUGCUCUCCUCUUUCUUCUCUUUGCCUGGUUCCGUUGUUUUGUUGCUGUGGUAACCGACCCAACUGUAAAGUCUGAUUUUAUUGUAUUUUUUAAUGUCUCUGUGAAGCCGGUCAACCUGGAGAUUUAAUAGUGUAUUUUUGAUUAGCUGUAUAUUUUGUUUUGUAUUUUUUAAAUCCUUUUACAUAUGAAAACAUGCUAAAGAAUAUAUAUUAGAAUGCAUGUACAUAUUUUCUGUAGUUAGAGCUCCUAGUUGUAUCAACUUGUAUCACAAGUCUUUGUUAUUUUCUUGUUUCAUCACAAGGGGAGGGGCUUAUUUGGACUAUAUCACCCCCAUCUUCCCUAUUUAUCUGUAAAUCAAAAGAAAGCACUGAAAGCAUUUCACCCAUUCCAUGUUUUUAUCAGUAUCAUGACACUUUCAAAAUCAGUCUUUCAAGAGGCCAGGAUACAGCUCACAUCGAACUAAGCUACAGAUGAUACAAAAGGACAUGCUCAUAUUUUUUAUGUAAAAUCAGUUUCUAAAGUUUCAGUUUCUGUUCUGGUGAACAGGUAAAUAUCAGUAACAUGUAAAUGAGCCUGGGUCAAUCCUUUACAUGUCAAAGCACUUUAGUUUAAUUGUAAUAUCAACACUUUCAGCAGUUUCCACCGAAAAUAUUUUGCAUUGCUUUUAACAGCACCUUUCUGACCUAACCUUUAAAUGCAACUAACACCCAGUACUUAGAGUUCACCAUACCCUUUAUAGCUAAUAUUCUACUAUUUCCACAUCAAUCAUUUGACUUUCUGAUUCUGUCUCACUCAAUAGCUAGGUUUCCAUCCAAUUGGUGACAGAUUUUCAUGCGAAUAUUCUAAAAUCCGCAUUAAAACAAUGUGUGCACAUUACCACCAAAGAUGUUUCCAUCACAUUGACUUGUUGCGGAUAACAGUCUGUGCGUAAUGACGUGGUGCACGUAAAGACAACUUUUGCGAUUUAAUUAGCAUUAAAUACAAGUUAAAUGGGUUUCCGUCGCAUUGGCUGCUUUUUUUAAGAAGAAAUGUUGCGUUAUAUUGCGAAUCUCUGGUCUUUGCACGUGCGCUCUAGCCAACAGUUUGCAGGUAGGCUAGUCUACAUGAUGAGAUUAUUACGGAUAAGAGCGUGAUUAUUUGUAUUUGUCAAACGGCAGCCAAGGAUCGAUCAUCAUGUCACCAGAAUAAGACCCUCGAUAUUUAUUGGAAAGAAGCAUCAAGCUCAUCACCGUGCACUUUCACCACCCUGUGAAGUUUAUCAUCAUUUAUUUCAUAUAGCCUAAUAAACUGCAAUCUUUCCUGAGUCGUAGUGGGAGGACCACACAAUAUCACAUGACUCUAAAUGUACUUCUAUAUGACAGUUAUUACAUCAAUAUUUGCACAUAAAUGCGUUUCCACCGCGAUUUCUCGCAUAAUUCAUUUUACAGACACAAAAAGAUCCCACGUUGUCUAGCGUAUUUCAUUUGGAAAGUUUACCUACAAAUGUGCUGUUUCCAUCAAGCCUGUCGUGGCAUUUAAAAAAAAAUCUGCCAUGUACUUUACUCGCAUAAAAAGGUUGGAAACCUGGUUACUGGCCCAACCAUAUAUCACUGUCCAAAGUUCCCAACCAUAUAUCACUGGGCUAGUUUCAGACCAGUGUAGACAUUUUUAGAAGUACCAAAGAAGCUAAACAAGUACUUUUUAGAAUACAGACACUGAACAUCUAUUUUUAUUUAGAUAUAAGUCUAUUUUCAUGAGACUGUGUUACUCUUAAAAUGUAACAGCUGCUAUACAUUGACCACUUGUUUUUUCAUUAGUUCCAUAGAUUCAACAGAUUUGGAUUGAUAGCAGUCGCAUUGGAUCACAUCGUUUAAUUUAGCAACUGUUGUGACAGUGACCAAUAGCGCGCUAGAAUCUGCGCAGAUUAUUAUAGCAAUUUUGAAGAUCACCACAAACCUGCAGUGUUUGCAUGCUAUUUUGGAACAUGCACGCUUUCUAUUAUUAAAGAAGACAUUUAUAGUUACUGUAGGCUCAAAUUAAUAGGCUAUUUACUGUAUUGCAAAAGUGAUAUUGAAUUGUGUUUGGUUGUCAACACAACCAACUAUCAACAUUUGAAGGAGACGUGUCAUUUUUGCCACUGACUUAGUCUGGCUUUAAUUCCAGUUUGUCUACUUGAAUUUAUGUCAACCAAGAAUCAAAAUGAAAGAAUAUGACUAAAUCAAAGUUUGUGCAUUUAAAGUUAGAUGUGAUUUAGUCCUAUUCUUUAACUUAGAUUUUUGGUUGAGAUGGAGACAUGAAUUCAACACAUCAAUUAUUAAUUUGUAGACAAACUGGAAUUAAAGCCAGACUAAGUCAGUGGCACAGAUGAAACUAUCCAAUCAGAAGAUACUCUCCUUCAAAUUUUGAUGUUUGGUGACAAAUAUCAAAGCUUAGCAGGAAUGGGCUUGGUUAAAACCCUGGAUGGGAGACCAAAUGAGUAGCUGUAUAUAGAUCAACUCUCCAACAGAAGGUGCUGCUGAGCCUAUUGUUUUUUUCUUCUGAUAGUGGAUAUGUAGUUGAAGAUCUGACGUUGUUUCAAAGGUACAAAUUCAACAUAUUUUACACAAGGGUUGUCUUUGUUGAAAAGUGGUUACAACGAUGACAUAAUACUGUGGUUGAAAUUUCACCCUCAAAACAAUAGUUUUUUCAAAUCCAAUAUAUUUUCCACAUAGAUUCCAUGUUACAAUACAUUGACAAAUUUACGUUGAAACAACGUUGAUUCAACCAGUUUGUGCCCAGUGGGAUGUGUGUUCAUAAGGUGCUUAAAUGGUAUUUAACUGGUGCUGUUGUGUGUCUGGGACAUGGGUAUACAGUGAUGGAUAUACACAUGUAAUAUAAUGUUUUGUUUUCACAGCCAUUUGGAUCCAUGAACUUGAAUGGCUAAUGCUAUUUCCAAUUUGUGUCUCUCUGGCAUCCAGUGUUAUUUCUGACCCAUACUGUCCCAGUACAACCUCUCUUGCCACAUUUAUCAAAGUGGUUGACUUCUUGCUUCUAUCUCUAGUUUUAUGUGCUUUGAGGUUUAUUAACGUGUGCACAUGUAUUUAAAUUGGAAUUACCUUUUUAUCAGUCAACCAAAAUAAAGAAAGAAAACAGUCA